UGUAACUUUAUUUUCAAAGGUGAGUGAUUGACUGAACCAAUAUUUGAUCUGAUCACCCAUUGGGGAUUUUUAAAAAAUUUUCCAUCAAAUAACAUGUCACAAUUCAGCGAGUUUCGCCCCUUUAGCGAAUAUCUGAUUUACGAUAUGGCAGUAUUUGACGCAAUUCACUACAUUUACAACCCAUCAAAUGUUAUAUUCAAUUACAUGUCUCCUGACACAUUGGCCUCCUCGGUCAUGGUUGGUUCAUGUAUGGCAUUAGCAACUGCUGCUGCGUAUGCGACUAUAUCCAAGCCCAUAAACGCGUUAGACCCUGCAACUGACGUCUAUUCUCCCGAAUGGGAUCCUACUGAUAGAGAUUCAUCUCAAUCCAUUCAACUUGAUAGUGAGGACUUGAAGAAUCUUAAUACAAAAUAUGUAUCACCCUACACGACGAUUUUCCAUUACCUUCAAUUGAGUUCACAAUUCACUGAUGCUAUUCCACAAUUUCGAUAUAUCCUGGAGGGCCUUGCCUUUAGCUUUCCAGUUGUGAGAGCCUCAGGUUGCGCGGGGUUGCUUAAUUAUAUGUUUACCGCUGGAAUAAGAAAAAUUCUGUAUUGGAGUGGAGUUGAUUUCAACUCAUUCAGUAUCAAUAAGAGAUUCAAGCUCACUUACGCUACGGAAAUAGACCCAGAAGUUAGCGCUCCCUUGGGAUUUGAUAAAGGUUCCAUCAAUACUAAGGAUCCAGUCAAGUAUAAGCUCCUCAGAGAACGUGAAAGAUUCUACCGUAAACGUGGCGUACAAGUGUUAAAAAGACGCGAUAUUCCCUCCGAUAAACAGGGAUUUGUUCUCAAUCUUGAUAUAGUAACCAUCUUGUCUAUUCUCGCUCUGUAUGCCUUCACGUUCCACCUCGACGGAAAAAUUGACAGUCUCUUCAUUACCAACUUUGCCGCUACUUCUUAUGUCUUUUACCAAUCUAUUUUCCAGACAUACCCAACAUUUAAACAAGCUCAAUUGUAUCAUUUUGUCCAUCUUCUCAUUUCCACUUACCUUAAUAAAUCGCCAGAUAAUGUGAAUUAUUAUUCUUGGACAUUGUCAAUUCCAUCUGCACCAAGAAAUCUUCAAUUGACUUCACAUGAUAGUUUCCAAAAAUUAUUCUCUGGACUUGAUACUAUUCCAUGGAUCAUGAGUGUCCCAAUUUUGGAUAUUUCAUCUACCGCAUUAUUUUUAGGGUUAUGUUUGAGAUUUGAUUUAUAUAAUCAUCAUUCCAAAUCAAAAAGGGCCUUCCAUCAUCUUCUGUCUUUCUCCAAACCAUACUUCUGGGCAGCUUUCAUUGGGUCAUCGUUGAGAUUUUCAGGGUAUAUAUUUGACAUUGAAGCCCUUGGUCUGAAAAAUGUGUCAUAUCUUGUUCCUUUACCAAUCAUCUUUGUGUUAAUAACUUCCCUUGUCAGAGGAGAAUAUGGACUUCUUCGUGAAUAUAACGAAAAGGUUGAAAACUUCGACGCAGCUGGUGAAGAAGGAGAAGAAGAAGAAGAACAACAACAAGAGGAUCAACUUCAAGAUAAGUUCAGUUUGCAAGAACUCUUGGCUAAAGAUUUUGGUGAAGAGGAAGAAGAAGAGGAUCCAACUUAUGACUAUGAAUUAGAAGUUGAACCUGAACGUGACGAAUUGGAAUAUGAUGAAAAUUACCACGAUGAUGAUGAAGCUGCUCCAAUUGACUAUGAAACUGAUUUGGAUGUUGUCAUUCAAAAACCAGUAUAUGUGUUUGAUACAGACUCAGACGAUGAUACUUUUAGAAUUGAAUCUGAAAGCGAACUGGAUUCAGACGUUGAUGUAAUCCCACAGAAUGAAAUCGACAUUUUAAGGAUUGAUAAUCGGUUUGAACCAAGGAUUUUAUAUUCAGAUGAUUCUGAAAUUUGAUUGAUACCUACCACUACUAUACGUUUAUAUUAUUUUGUAUUACUUACGAGACUCUAACUUUAUAUACAACCUUGUAGAGGGGCCC